CCCCCCCCUUGAAGGGCGGGGUGGGUCCUGCGCGGGGGUAGUGUGUCGGGCCGAGCGGCGGUGGGAUGGACGCGGCGGUGGUGGAGGGUGAGGGCGGCCCGUCGGGCCCGUGUCUGCCCACCGUCCCGGCCCCAGCCCCAGCGGGCGGGCGGCAGCGGGACUCCCCGGGGGCCGGGGGGUCGCCGAUUCACCUCAUUAUCAAGGAUCUUGGAGAGAUUCAUUCCAGGCUUUUAGAUCAUAGGCCAAUCAUACAAGGUGAAGCACGUUACUUUGUGAAAGAAUUUGAAGAAAAACGUGGCCUCCGGGAACUGAGAGUUCUUGAGAAGUUGAAGAAUAUGAUCUGCGAAACAAACGACCAUACUCUUCCCAAGUGUAAGGAGACACUGCAUGACUCCUUGAGCCAGGUGCUCCUGCGAUUGCAAGCGGCCAACCAUUCAAUCCACAGACUUCAGCAGAGGGAGUUAGAACAAAGAAAGCUCCAUAACGACCAAUUAAUGGUCAUUGAAAAACAGCGCAAAACCCAAUGGGAGGCGUUCGUCAAAGAACAGCACAGCAAACAAGGAGAAGUGGAGGAAGAACACAAGAAGGCGAUGGAGCGCCUUAAGGAACAGUACGCUGAGAUGGAGAAAGAGCUGACUAAAUUUACUUCCUUUUAGGAACUCAAAGCAGAAAAGGCUGUGCUUUUCCCAUUGCGCCCCAAAUCCUGCCAACUACCUGUCCUCUGCUUCAGGCUUAGCAAUACCAACAGUGACACUGUUUUAUCAGAGAGCAGAUUUCAAAAAGACAAGAACUUCCGUUAGAGCCCAGACGGUUUAGUGUCGGAUAAGAAGACUGUAAUGGCCUGACCCAUUUAAGUGCCUCCAAUCAUUUUAGUCAGGGGAAGGGGAAAUGAGGGUGGUCUGGCUCUCACUUCCACCCAGAAGUUGUGUUCUAGCCACAGCCAUUCACUAGUUCACAGUGUAGAAUUUUCAGACUUCAAGGCAUAGUCUGAUUUAUUGCUCCUGCAGAGUUAGUAGUGAAUGACUGACCAGAGAACUCAGAGAACAGAUACAAGGAUGUCAGUUAUCCUGUUGGAGGGAGAGUACUCUGCUGUCCUCUGACAGGUUAAAGGUACAUGUAGCCGCAGAGCAGAGAUGAGGUUUAAAAGAAUUCCGAGAGUCAAGGCAUCUUAAUCUAAUGCCUGGUGCUCUAUGCAUCGAUUAUUAUGCAACUCUAUGUAGCCUUUUCGGUGUAACGUGGACCGGAAGACUUGGACAGAAGGACUCUCACAAAGCCUGGUGCCUUCUUACAGUUAAAAUUCCGAGCUUUAACGAUAUAGCUUAAAUGAAGAGUUUACAGGAAAAUAAUGGGCUUUGGCCUCCAGCCCUUCCAAGAGCCCUGAUCUUACCCAAGAAUAUUUACCUUGUUAGUUGUCCUUUCUGCUGUGCGUGAAAUUUGUAGAGUAAAUAAUAUGUUCCCUGUCAUGUCAGUUGCAAAUGAGUAAUCAUCAAAAUCGGCCAAGGAGUCCUUUCAUAUCAUGUAAAGAUUCUAACGAAUGCUGAAUGAACCCAAAGUGUUUGUCCACUUGGCAAGCUGGCCAUAGUAGCAGUGAGGUCUCUCUAGCCUUAGUGAAUGUUCUCAUAAGCAGGUGUUUCAUUAUGAGCCUUGUUUGGUUGCUAUCAUCACUGUGGAUCUUUUGAAAUCUUCAUUUUACAGCCUAAGAGAAAAGCAUAAACUGUUUCUCUCUUUAUCCUGCCUUCACCGAAAACGAAGUGCAAUAAUAACGGGAGGGAAUUUGAUGCAAAUUUCCAAGGUACAGGAAAAUCUUUCAAAUGUUAUUUUAACUGCUCUGCAGUGAAAAAGAGAGAAAGAAAGAAAAUAUGACCCUCAUAUUAUCUCAGUGUUGCACAGGCAAAGGCUGACAAUGGCUCCCUGUGUAAAUUUAUGGCUGAGUGUCAAAGCUCUGUUUCUGGCAGCAUGUUGAAAAUGUGAUUAAAGUUAGUGGAGGAGACG